AAAAAUCCAAAAAAACCACUUCCCCAUAAAAUUCUAAUUAAACCUACCAGUUUUUCCUGUCUUCCCAUAAUAUUAGAACCUAAGCAACUCCGCACAGGGUAUUAUAGUCCAAUCGAGACCGUCUUUCAGAGGAUUAUUCAUUUUUUAGUUUGAUUAGGGUGGUUCUAAGAUCAUUAAAUUACGAAGAAAGAUAACUAGAGAGAUCCUUUAUAUGCUGAUGGUUUUCUUGCGCCCAGUCCGGUUUCUAUUUGCGGAUCAUUAGACGUGCACUAUAAAGACGCUGUACAUGUAAAUUGUAUCUACAAUGUCUUCGGUAGAAACUGAUAAUAUUAUAUUAAAGGGCAGUGAAGAUGACGAAGAUGAUGACGAAGAAUUGCUUGCUCAGUUUCUCGAAGCAGAGGUGCUUGCCGAAGAUGUCUAUGAAAGUACUCAAGAUUUAAACCAGGAAGAUUUAACCUCGGGGCCCUCUAAGCGGGUUUGUUUAGGGAAAGAAUGGAAAAGGGAGGUUGUUGCAACUGAAUGUGCAGAAAAUAUUGAUUUUGCAGAAAAAAGACAGAAUGCAGGAGCCUUGAGAAACUACUGUGGAUAUUUGAUACCAAAGCAUUGUACACAGAAUUGCCAUUUUAGUACGGUACCUUCGGAACUAUAUCCAAAUAUUUUCAAGUUUCUUUCUCCAGCAGAUCUGGUUAAUUGUUCACUGGUAUGUAAGUUCAUGAGGAUUGCAGCAUCAGACGAAUCUCUUUGGCAUCGAUUGUAUCAUAUGAGGUGGGGUUUCCCUGAGACAGAUAAUGGGAAGUUGCAAUUAUGUUCAUGGAAGAAUCUCUAUAUUGAGCAAGACAGUGCUGACAUGAAUGAUUUUGUUCGGGAUUCACCCAUCGAGUUUCAGAAGUAUUAUAUACAAAUUCAAGCUGCCAAGCGUAGUGAAGCUCCAAGUCCCACAAAGCUAGAGGAAGACCUGACGCUUGCUGUUACAACAGUGGAUGACCAAAUAAGUCAAUGGAAGCAGAGUUGUGGUUUGCCUGAUGUUUUUACAGGGGACCAUGUAUGUUCUGGUAGCACCUGUACAUACUCUCAAGUUGGCAAUUUUUUCCUAUGUGAAAACACCGGGUGUGUGCAUGUCUGUGAUCACACUUGCCAAGAAACAGUGUAUGAUACAUCAAACCAACUUCUAGUAUGUACCAUAUCUGGUCGUUGUUCUCAACAGUGGAUUUCAACAUCAGAAGAGGAAGUGGACCCUGGACAUCAUCAAGAUGAUAUUGCUGCCAGUGAUGAAGCAGAGCCUCUGACAACAGCUGCGCAACUUACACGAGCAUACUUGUUGGGAUAUAAUUGUAAUGAUGAAGAAGAGCUUGAACUGGCAUUAAGGGAGGUUAUAUAUCCUGGCUCCAACAAAAUAUGAGGGAUCACUAAGAUUGGAAAAAUUGACUAGCAUGUAUCAGGGCUGGCAAAAGUAUCUUCGUCAAAAUUUUUUCUUCAAUGCCGGUUAUAUUUAUAAACCUUGAGUUUUUUUAAAGUGCCUGAAUUUAAGCUUUGUAUCAUUACCUUAGAUAUGCAAGAGCAGUUCAAUACCCAGGUUGUAAUCUAUUGUCAUCUGUUGAUAAUUUAUAGCAGUUUUCUUUUUGAAAAUUUUAUUUAUGUAUAUCUCACCAUGGGGAUGUUUCGUUAAUACUUAAAAACGAUAUAGUCAGAA